AACACAAAGAAAAACAAAACAACAAAUUUCAAAAUCAUUCUCGAAUCUAUGUCACCGAACUGUCAUUACAAUUUGAUCGCUUCUCCACCUAACAUUGCUUUUGAAAAAAAGUUAAACUUUUAUACAUAAAUUAGAUUGUUGGAUUACUGCUGUUAAUCUGCGUAAUGCCGGAACAAUUAGUCAAGGUGCCUCGGAGCGCGUCGCCAGUCGCCCGGGCCGGCGCCGGGGACAUAUCGGAACGGGAAUUGUCCAGGGAACGGCACAAUUUGCAGACACCACCCGCCCGCCUCCAACCAGCUCACCCCAAGAAGCAGCUGUUCUCAGCCCCCGUGAACAAGUUCACAGCCAAGUGGUGCGCGCCCAGCCCCAACCUAGCCAGGAUCCGAAGCUGUCUCGACGCGUAUGCCAACCAGGAGACGCCUGUCAGACCGGUCGCGAAGACCAAGGCUGCCUCCAUGGAGGAUUUGACGCCUACUAAGAGGAUUCUGAUUAACAGGAAGAAUGGUCUGGGGGUGGUGGAGUCUCCAGUGCACAGCGCCACUGAGGAGCUGGCUGCGGCCAGGGUCUGCCGGUUCAUGGUGGUGGCAGCGUGGAGGCGCCGUCGAGAGGAUGUGCGGUGUCUGCGCAAAACCUUAGAAACGCAGGUGUCAUACUCGGAGCGCCUACGCAUCCAGGUCUCGACGCUCAAGUCCUUACUGGACUCUGACAACGCGAAGGUCAGAAUGGCGAUGAGAGAGCUCGAGAGACUCAAGCAGCUCCUCAGAGACAAGGAGAUGGAGAAAUCUGUGUUGGAACGAGAAAAGCGAGCGUUAGAAGAUGAUGUUUGUGCUGCUGAAGACAGAGCUUCCGAAAUUAGUAUUGGUUGGCGCAAUUGCCGCAACGAGUUGGAAGGUGUCCGCGCGGCCGCCGCCCGCGGCGAGCAGGCGCUGGCGCGCGAGCGGGCCGCGCAUGCUGACACUGUGCGGGACAGGGACAAUGCCACUACCAGGCUGGCGAUAUUAGAAGAGGAACUAGCUCAGCAUGAGGAACUGCUGUCUUCUGCGGAGGCUGAAGUGGCCGCACUGCGACGUGAGACUGACGAGAAGCAGAUACUACUGCAGGCCACUAGCGAUAGACUCGCCCAGGAGGAGGAAGCUCGUUCUCUUUGCUCCCGCAAGUGCGAGGAGCUGAACAGCCGCGUGUCGGCCGCGGCCGAGCAGACCACCGCCCUGAGAGCCGAGUUGGCCGAGCUGCGUGAGCUGCUGGCGAGACUGCAAGCCGAGCUCGCUCUCACCAGGGAACAGCUCGACUGGUGGCCUAGGCCGCUCACCAAGAUGCUUGGUGCAGCGAGGUCGUGGUUCCGUAACCCUAAAGCCGUGCAUGAAGCUCUCCUGUGGACCCUCACACCAGCUCGACAUGGAAUACCAUAGAAAUAUUAUAUAAAAUUAUGCUAUUAAGUUUUUAGGCCACAUAGUAUUUUUUGGCAAUAGAAUUCUAACUCCUAAAGACUGAUUGUAAUUUUUACUGAAAUUGAAAAUAUUUGAAGACAGGUUCAAUGAAGCGAUUUGUUUAGAAUAAACAUUUACAAGGUAAGUUUGGUAAGUAUUUUACUUUUGGAUAAGAAGUCCUGUUUUAGAUGUUAUUUAAAUAUAAUGUUGUUCUUGAAUGUAUUUUUAAGUGAUUGUUGUUGCUUAGUUUUUAUAUAAUAAAUGAAA